AUGGCGACGUCAGACACUGGAGAGUUUUACAUCGAGCUUUGUAAAAACCCGAUUCGAUUUGAGCCCAUCAACAAGGCCAAUAACAUCUUCUUUGACGAUGCCAACAAACAGGUUUUCAUGGUUCGAUCUGGUGGAGCCAUGGGCGUGACUGUUAAGGGGCCAGAUGAGAAAUCUGCAGUGUCAUUCAGAAUUGAGGACAGGGGUGACGUUGUUUCAAUAAAGUUUUCUCCAGACAAGAAAAUCUUAGCCAUCCAGAGAUCUCAAAAAUCAGUGGAGUUCAUCAACUUCCACAGUGACAUGCCAGCAGAUCAGAUGGAAUAUUCACAGACAUGCAAGGGAAAAUCGACCCAGAUCAUUGGAUUCAUAUGGACAUCUGUAAAUGAGAUUGCUUUCAUCACAGACCAUGGCAUAGAACACUACCAGAUAGCCCCAGAGAGGAGAAGCCUGCGCAACUUGAAGACGGUCAGUCUACAGGUCAACUGGUUUGUGUGGCUGGCAGAGACCUACAUCUUGGUGCUGUCGUCAGGGACUCUGGGGAAUACGCUGCAUCCCUUCCAGUUCCGGCCGGGCCUGGUGAAUCGCCUGCCCAAGUUCGAGGUGGACCUCCCAGUUGUGCCCAAGCCUGCCAAACUCAGCCUGCUGGAGCGAGAUGUCAUCGUCGCCAACAUCUAUGACUACCUGUACAUCGUGGUUCUGCGUCACCAGCCCAAGGCAGCCGUGGGGGCCGAGAUUGUGCUGUAUCAGCUACAGAAGGAGAGUCCAGCCAAGCGGACUGAAGUGCUUCAGCUGAAUAUGAGCGGCCGCUUUGCCAUCAACAUCGUUGACAACCUCAUCAUGGUACACCACCAGGCUUCCAAGACAUCGAUGAUAUUUGACAUCAAGAUGGAGGGAGACUCUGACGGCUUCAUCAAAUAUCACUUCCCUGUGUUGUCUCCCCUGCCAAUCAAGCCGUUCAAGCUCCUUCUUCCCUCGCUGAAUCUGACGGCAGCAGGCACAGAGAAGACAGAAUACCUGUGUGAACUCUAUUCUGCCAACUGGAUUGUGUUCCAGCCAGAUGUAGUCAUCGAUGCCAAGCUGGGUUGCUUGUGGUAUAUCAAGCUUCAUCUGGAGCCACUGGUCACCAUGCUGCCCGACAAGUGCAAGUUGAUCCAGUUCUUGCUGUGUCGCCAGGAGAGCAAGAUGGUGAUCCUGUCCGUAUGUCGCCAGAUGUUGGUGCCGGGGCAACAGGCCAACCUGCACACCAUCUCCCAGGUGUACGACAUGCUGAACCAGGUGUACAAGGCGUAUCGGGACGUGGAGUCUCAGGCCAUGGCGGGGGAGAUCUCCAGUACUGCGAUGACCAACAUGUGGAAGAGGAAGGUGAUCAUCGAUCAGUCGGACAUGUACACACACGUCUUCUCAGUGUUCGAAGACUGCAAGGACAUCAAGUACAAGUUCAUGGUGGCGGUUCUCAUAGAGUAUAUCCGAUCUCUGAACCAGUUCAACAUUCCAGUGCAGCACUACCUGUACGAGCUGAUCAUCAACAUCCUCGUCCACAACAACUGCUUUUACCAGCUCCAUCAGUUUCUGCAGUACCAUGUCCUCAGCGACUCCAAACCCCUGGCUUGUCUGAUGCUGUCACUGGAGAGUGUGUAUCAGCCUGCUCACCAACUGGCUCUCGACAUGCUCAAGAGACUUCAGACAGCCAAUGAGGAGAUCAUCGAGGUCCUGUUGUCCAAACAGCAGCUCCUGCCAGCACUCAGGUUUAUCCGGAGCGUGGGGAUCCAGGACACGGUAUCAGCCCGCAAGUUCCUGGAGACCGCCAUGCACACAGAAGACAACAUGCUGUUCUUUACCGUCUUCAAGUUUUUUGAGCAGAGAAACCUCAAGCUGAAGCAGAAUCCCCGCUUCCAACCAGGUGACUACUGUGAGCAGUAUGUGCGACAGUUUGAGUCGUUGUUUGGCACGGACGCCCUAAGUCCCAUCCCACCCCUAGCGUGAACCCAUCGUCACCGGAGUCAACAUCACCUGACCAGCUGGGACUGUGUGCAAUGGCAACUCACCUGCCCUCUGUGAUAAGAAGCAAACCAGAUGAAACACUAGCCCCUGUACAACCCCUAUAUUCAAGUCAAACCAAAUUAUCGUUACAGAACGUGAUGCUGUCAUUGGCACAUCCAUCUUGUUUGUUUAAUGAAAACUGUGGGUGAGUGAGGAAGGUCUGUAGCCACCCACCCCACACUUGUUCAGUUCCUAGGACAACCUUGUGGAGUAGAAACCCAGCAGAUACUUGCUGUGAAUGAACUGACACUAACUGUGGAGAUGACUUCACACAUCCAGGUAUCCCCCAGUUACCAUGGACAGGUCUUCUCAAAUGUGGGAAGUAUUUUGUGAAAUAAUCAAAGUUUUGACAUACAGAGAUAUUGUACAAUGACCAUUUUCCUUCCUGCUAAUUCCAGAUGUAGGGUCCUAUGAUUUCUGAUGUGCAGAGAAUUAAUUUGUAUAUAUUUAUGUGUAUAUAAUUUAUGUGAAAGAAUAAACAACACGACUGUGA